AUGCUUUCCGAUGAUUUGCAUGAGAAGUUGCAGAAUAUCAAAUGUGAAGAAGAUUUACCGAAUGCUAUUAUAGUCACCAAUGUACCAUCUGAGGUAUUUUCGAUUGAUCAACAGAAAGCCAAUUUUUCGAAUCUAUUCACGCAGAUUGAAUCUGGCUGUCACUUCGAUUUUCUGCGAAGUUUUCGACGGGUUCGGAUUACUUUCGAAAAGCCGGAAAGUGCAACGGCUGCAAAGUUGCUUACGCAACAUUUAUCAUUCAAUGGAACCAUUUUAAAAUCAUUUUUCGCUCAGAGAAUUCGAUUGCGGGAUGCAGGUGAUGACGGGUUAUUGAAAUUGCCACCGCUGGAAAAACAGUUCUUGAUCUCACCACCAGCUUCACCACCAGUUGGUUGGGAACAAAGUCAAGAGAUGGCCCCGGUUGUGUGCAAUUUUGAUUUGAUGGCAAAACUUGCUGCGCUUACUGUUGAUGACACGUUCGAGGUGUAUGAAGGUGACGAACAUAAACCGAAAAUUGUGAUACAUCCAGCGAACGAGGAAGGAAGCAAUUUUAUGCCUGCUCAGUCGAUGAUGCCGAAAACCCCGCGACCACCAAACACACCUCGAUCUGUACGGAAAGAAUACACCUGA